GGAGCAACGCGAGCCUAUAACAAGGGAGGAGUCCCCGAUCCGAUGCCACCUUCUCCUUCUUCGCGUCCGGGCUCUUUACCCUUUCUCCUCUCCCUCUCUCUCUCCCUGGUUCCGAUUCCAUCGUCGUCCCCGUCCUUCAUUAGCCACAUUGGAGUCGACUUGGGUUUAGCAGCGUACGAUCACGAUGAGCGAGGUAUUCGAUGGCUACGAGCGCCAAUACUGUGAGAUCUCCGCGUCUCUCUCGCGUAAAUGCACAUCUGCUGCUCAUCUCGAUGGAGAGAAAAAGAAGCAGAAGGUCUCGGAAAUCAAAGCUGGCCUGGAUGAUGCAGAAAAUUUGAUUAGGAAGAUGGAUCUUGAAGCGAGAAGCUUGCAGCCAAGUGUAAAGGCAGGAUUGCUGGCAAAGCUGAGGGAAUACAAAUCAGACCUUAACAACUUGAAGAGUGAACUGAAAAGAAUUACCACCCCUAAUCCUACCCAAGCUUCAAGGGAAGAGCUGCUGGAGUCGGGGAAGGCUGACAUGAUAGCGGUCUCUGCUGAUCAAAGGGGACGGCUAUUGAUGUCAACAGAGAGACUUAAUCAGUCUACUGACAGGAUAAAGGAGGGUAGAAGGACGAUGCUAGAGACAGAAGAACUUGGUGUUUCAAUUCUUCAGGACCUACAUCAACAACGGCAAUCUCUCUUGCAUGCCCAUAACACGCUGCAUGGAGUCGACGACAACAUCAGCAAGAGCAGGAAGAUCCUGACUGCCAUGUCAAGAAGGAUGGAUCGGAACAAGUGGAUCAUCGGGGGAAUCAUGGUGGCUCUGGUUCUGGCGAUUCUGGUGAUCCUGUACUUUAAGCUCACUCAUUGAAGACCUUGCCAACUCAUGGUUUGGGUUCUGAUGAGUGUGCCGUAAGUCUUGCUACGGUUGAUGUGUGUUUCGUUCGUUUGCAUCGCAUGAUCGUUUAUUUCCAUGGAAGAACUUCUUCA